UUACGCUAUAACCUUACGCAAAAACGUCACGGAUCAGGAAAAGCAAUUUAUUGGCGACAGGACGAAGGAAUAUCAUCCAAAUAAUUCAGGCUUUGGCAGACAUGUCAUACGGCAAAGCAGAGAGCUACCGCCCGGUCCCACGGGACUUCAACGCCCUCAUACAGACAUGUAGCUCCAACAUCCAGAAGAUCACACAGAACACUGCUCAGAUCAAGAGUAUGGUGAACCAGCUGGGGACGGGUCAGGACACCAGUGAGCUCCAGGAUCGCCUGCAGCAGAUACAACAUUAUACCAACCAACUGGCAAAAGAAACUAACAAGCACCUGAAAGAGUUGGGCUCAAUCCCUUUGCCUACAUCACCCUCAGAGCAAAGGCAGCAGAAGAUCCAGAGGGAACGGCUGAUGAAUGAUUUCUCAGCAGCUCUCAACAACUUCCAAGUAGUCCAGCGGCGUGCAGCAGAGAAGGAGAAGGAGUCGGUUGCCAGAGCGAGAGCUGGAUCCCGCCUAUCAACUGAAGACAGUUCUCGGGAUGAAAAGCUUGUUUCUUUUGAUAACCAGGAGGACUGGGGUCAGAUGACCACCCAGACAGAGGAUGUGGCCAUCACAGAGGAGGACCUGGAGCUCAUCAAGGAGAGAGAAACCAACAUCAGGCAGCUGGAGUCUGACAUUUUGGAUGUAAACCAGAUCUUCAAGGACCUGGCAGUUAUGAUCCACGAUCAGGGAGAGAUGAUCGAUAGCAUUGAGGCAAAUGUGGAGAAUGCUGAAGUUCAUGUAGAACGAGGUACAGAACAGCUCCAGAGAGCCGCCUUCUACCAGCAAAAGUCCCGGAAGAAGAUGUGUAUCCUUGCUAUGGUUUGUUCUGUUGUGCUCGUCAUACUUGGCAUCAUUAUCUGGCAAGCUGCCAAGUGAGUUGACGCCACACAACCGAUGUGUCACUGCUAUAUUUUACUCUGCCCUUCCCACCUGCAAGUACCUGCUUGGAAUCACAAGAAGAAGAAGAAGAUGCUUCACCACGGUCAGCAGAUUAGAUCUCUGCAGGGGGGAUGGUCAGUGUGGAAAACAUACUCAUCUGAACUGAUCAAGCCUGUUUUUGUAAAAUCCUAUUUAAAGUGAGAUGAAGGACUGAGGUGAUGUCUUGUCUUGUUUACUGCACUAACACUAGUUGUCACUGUAUUUCAAAAUGAAAACAUGUUAUUGGGAAUGAUUUUAGAACAGGCAAAACACAAAAAGAAACACGACUUGUUAAAGUAAAUGAAUCUGGUUUUAAGAGGCUGUUUGGGCAUCUUCUGGUGUAAAGUGUGUGGAGUGCCUGGCCUUCCCGGUAACAUUACGUGGGACUUAUAUUAAUCCUGGUGGUGAUGGCAGUCGUGGUUGUAAUAUAUGUUGUAAAAUGAAAGCUUGAACAGAUUACCAGUAUGAAUCUAAUCCAUGUCUGUAAAUAUUACAAAGUGCUGCAAUAUAUUCUGUUAAGUACAUUAUGACAGUAAAAAAAUGAAAGUCCAGUCUUCAAAGAAAACAUUUUUAAAUUGAUUUCUAUGAGUCGUUCCAGUAUGCAUAAUAAAUGUCUUAAACACU